UGGCGUCCUCUGCUUUUAGAGAAUCCAUCGAAUCCAGAGCCUCCUUUAUCUUGGUGGCCCUUUGCCAUCGCGUCGAGAGCAUUGUUGAUUGAAGGUCUUACUGCCAAUUACCCCCCUUACAAUUCCCGGUUCAGCAUUGCUCCGAAACAUUCGCUAUCUCUCGUCGCCAACAUGAAUAUCUUCAGGUUGUUAGCGGAUUUCUCCCAUCUGAUCUCUAUAUUGAUUCUUUUGCAAAAAAUGAAAUCAUCUAGCAGCUGUUCCGGAAUAUCAUUUAAAUCGCAAGCGUUAUAUUUUUUCGUUUAUAUUACACGAUACCUAGAUCUUUUUUGGACCUUCACCGAUUCAGCAUACAAUACCGUUUUUAAACUCUUAUUUAUCUCCUCCUCUGCGUAUACUAUAUAUCUUAUGGUUAACGACUACAAACCCACUCACGACCCAAACAUCGAUACGUUUAAAGUGCAAUAUCUGUUAGGCUCAAGCGCUGUUCUCGGUGUAAUAUUCCCGCCAAGAUAUGAAAUGGCUGAGAUCCUCUGGGCAUUCUCAAUCUGGCUGGAAUCCGUAGCAAUUCUCCCGCAGCUCUUCAUGCUACAGCGCACCGGAGAGGCAGAAACAAUUACGACGCAUUACCUUUUCGCACUGGGCAUUUACCGAGCGCUAUAUAUUCCCAAUUGGAUAUAUCGAUAUUUCGCAGACGGCUUUUUCGAACCAAUUUCGGUCAUUGCUGGCAUUAUUCAGACUAUUCUCUAUUCGGACUUUUUCUGGAUUUACUAUACCAAAGUUCUUAAGGGCAAAAAGUUUACCCUGCCAGUAUAA